AUGGGUGCGGAGGGCCGGGCCCCGUCCCCGCCGCGCGUCCCGCGGCCUGCUCCGCCAGCCCGGGCAGCACGGCAGCGCUCUGCGGGCCGCGGCCGCCGGGCCGGGAACAUGACCGACCCGCGGGUGGCUGCUAGACAGAGGAAGCCCGGCCUGUCCUUUUCCAUUGAGGAGAUCCUAAAGAAACCUUCUGCCAGCACUGUCCCGAGCAAUGACACCAGGAACAGAAGCAGCUACGCUGAGAGACCUCCGUCCCUAAAAGCAGGGUCGCCGGUGGCCUUCGAUUCCAGCAGCCAAAGUCAGUCUGACUGUGACUUACCUUCAGCCAAAAUCCUUCUUCCCACCAUGUGUGCUACACCCAUGGCCAAAGCAAGGAGAGUGCAGGCAACUUACUGCAAGAGAAGACCUACUGCCAACCCAGUGUCCUUCCUGGGUGAGGACACAGGACGUGAACGUCUGGAAGGCAAAAGAAAACAUGAGGAAGAUCAGCUAUGUGGUUUCCCAGUGGACCAUCCCCUUCAUGCUGAGAGGAAAGGGAAACGCAGAAUCCGGACAACGUUCACAGCUGAGCAGCUCCAGGAACUGGAGAAAAUUUUCCAAGUGACUCACUACCCAGAUGUCCAUAUUCGCAAUCAACUGGCAGCAAAGAUAAACCUCCCAGAAGCCAGAGUUCAGAUCUGGUUCCAGAAUCAGCGAGCAAAGUGGAGGAAACAUGAAAAGUUCAGCAACUUCGGUGGCCUUCAGUAUCUGACAGAAGUUGAUUUCAUUCCUGCUCCCAAGUCAGAUAUCACAGCUCGUAGCUUGAUGCCAAGAAAGCUCACUGCUUCCUAUCCUGCCGUGGGAUACUACUCACCACUGCAAGGACAGCUGACAACUGCCUGGCUGCCCAGCACGUUCUCCUUCGCUCCCCACCACGUGGAGCUGCUGCCCUUCCCAGAGCCAUACUUGCUCUUCAAUGUCCUGCCCCCGUACAGCUCGCUGCUACCCCACAGGCUGGAAAGGAGCAGUAUCUGUGCCAGCUCCUCAUAG